CUCCGUGUGCUCGCCACCCUGAGAGCCACCAUGCCCAUCACUCGGAUGCGCAUGAGACCCUGGCUAGAGAUGCAGAUUAAUUCCAACCAAAUCCCAGGGCUGAUCUGGAUUAAUAAAGAGGAGAUGAUCUUCCAGAUCCCGUGGAAGCAUGCGGCCAAGCAUGGCUGGGACAUCAAUAAGGACGCCUGCCUCUUCCGCAGCUGGGCCAUUCAUACAGGCCGAUACAAAGCAGGGGAAAAGGAGCCAGAUCCCAAGACAUGGAAGGCAAAUUUUCGCUGUGCCAUGAACUCCCUGCCAGACAUUGAGGAGGUGAAGGACCAGAGCAGGAACAAGGGCAGCUCAGCCGUUCGGGUGUACCGGAUGCUCCCACCUCUCACUAAGAACCAGAGGAAAGAGAGAAAGUCCAAGUCCAGCCGCGAUGCUAAGAGCAAGGCCAAGAGGAAGUCAUGUGGCGAUUCCAGCCCUGACGCAUUCUCCGAUGGACUCAGCAGCUGCACCCUGCCUGAUGAUCACAGCAGCUACACAGCCCAGGGCUACCUGGGGCAGGACCUGGACGGGGAGCAGGCCCUUACUCCAGCACUGUCACCAUGUGCCGUCAGUAGCACUCUCCCGGACUGGCACCUGCCUGUGGAAAUCAUACCAGACAGCACUAGUGACCUGUACAACUUCCAGGUGUCACCCAUGCCUUCCACGUCUGAAGCUGCAACAGAUGAGGAUGAGGAAGGGAAGAUCCCUGAGGACAUCAUGAAGCUCUUGGAGCAGUCAGAAUGGCAGCCCACAAGCGUGGAUGGGAAGGGCUACCUGCUCAAUGAACCUGGAGCCCAGCCUACAUCUAUCUAUGGAGACUUCAGCUGCAAGGAGGAGCCAGAAACUGACAGCCCUGGGGGUGAUAUUGGGCUGAGCCUACAGCGCGUCUUCACAGAUCUGAAGAACAUGGACCCCAGCUGGCUGGACAGCAUGCUGACCCCAGUCAGGCUGCCCUCCAUCCAGGCCAUACCUUGUGCACCGUAGCUGGGUCCCUGAGCCCCUCUCACUGCUCUAGGCAAGCAGGACCUGGCAUCGUGGUGGCUAUGGUGCAGAGAAGCGGGGUCCCUGCGGCCCCUCCACAUAGCGAAUCGUGACCCCCUCUCUACCAAGCAGGGAUGGCAUCUUCCCCCCUUGGGUCAGCGGACACGCGGGACCUGCAGGCCAGGGGCUGGGUGUGUCCUUGGGGUGAAGCUGGCGUUGCCUCCUGGGCGAACAGAGGGCAUUGGAGUUCCGAGAUGGGCGACUCAGGUGGAGCCUUGAUGGGAGUUGGCCUCUCGCUUUUCUGUCUCGGCCCAGCUGGCUGGAGAGGGUCUUGCUGGCUGUCACUGACCUGCCCCCCCCCCGUCAGACCAGUGACCUGAGGCGCACAGCUCCCACCCCAGGGCUGGCUCUGCACUAAGAGAGACAACUGCACUAAGUGGAUCUUCCUCCCAAAGAACCGCCUCCCUUCCCUGCUGAGCCCCGGGGACUGUUCCAAAGCCAGUGAAAUGUGAAGAAAGAAGGGGUCUUGCAUGGCGGUGCCCCUCAGCCCCAGAGCAGCUCCGUCCUGCUCCUGCCCUGGCUGAGGGGCUUGGAUGAAACAUGGCACUUUGUCUUGUGGACCUUGCCACAUUUCUUACUCGAGGUGUACACUAACUUUCCCCAAGUUCUUGCGCUUUGCAUUUAUUUAUACAGUGCCUUGCCCGGUGCCCACCACCCCCUCAGUCGCCGACAGCCCUCAGCAGGCUCAGGGAGGGGUGUGUGAGCGUUGUGGUGUGACAGAAUCAGAAACGCCAUCUAACCACUUGAGUCGUGUGUGACCAAAUAGAGAUGUGUGUGUAAAUAUGUACAUAUAUCUUUUUAUAAAA